UUCACCCUCCGGAGACGGUGCGGGAGCGCUUCAUUCACGCACCGAGAACACCCCCCACCCCCCCCCCGCGACGAGCAUUUUUAAUGGAAAAUGGCGAUAGGCGAAAGAUCUUGCAGCAUCGUCUGCUUGGUAUCUCUCCAGAUGAUCUUGAUUUUCAGCGCAUCGUGGCCUGGAGCGGACAGUCUCACGUUCCCCCAGCAGUACACGAUAAUGCACUGGGCCCGGCGUAUCGAGCAGGAGAUUGACAGAGUCUUUCAGCACAUCACUGGUGCUCAGCAGUUGAAAGGGAUAUACAAUGAGGAGAGACGACGGUUUAGUUUGGCAAAAAAUCAACCCAAGAAGAUUGUAGAGAAGGUGGCGCUGGACAUCGAGAGGCUCCUGGCGAAAAAGCGCAAAGCACUGGAUAGAUUAGCCAAAGAGGCUGAGCGCCUCCAGCGGGAGCAUUCGUGGCAGGAUGGGAUCAAGGAGCUGGACAUGGCUUAUUAUGACUCCAAGGCAGAGCUGGAUUAUUACUCCAUGGAUGGAGAGGGGGAGGUGGAGAAUCCCUCCCACAUCAAGUUGGAGUUUGUGUACGAUCCAAACUUCAAAAACAACGUCAACUACUCCUACACAGCUGUUCAGAUUCCUACAGACAUCUACAAAGGAGCACCGGUCAUUCUGAAUGAGCUGAACUGGACACAAGCGCUGGAGAAAGUGUUCAUGGAGAACAGUCGGGAGGAUCCGUCUCUGCUGUGGCAGGCGUUCGGGAGUGCGACGGGAGUCACUCGCUACUAUCCAGCGACACCUUGGAAAACGCCUGAUAAGAUCGACUUGUAUGAUGUCAGAAGGCGACCCUGGUACAUUCAGGGCGCCUCAUCCCCCAAAGACAUGGUCAUCCUCGUUGACGUGAGCGGCAGCGUCAGCGGACUCACGCUGAAGCUCAUCAAAGCCUCGGUGAUGGAAAUGCUCGACACGCUGUCCGACGACGACUACGUCAACGUGGCCAGGUUUAACGAGAAGGCCGAGGCCGUGGUGCCGUGCUUCAGACACCUCGUCCAGGCUAACGUGCGAAACAAAAAGAUUUUCAAAGACGCGGUGCAGCAGAUGCAGGCGAAGGGAACCACCGACUACAAGUCUGGAUUUCAUUUUGCCUUCAAUCAGCUGUUAAAUAAGACAAAUGUCCCCCGGGCUAACUGCAAUAAAAUAAUCAUGCUGUUUACCGAUGGAGGCGAGGACAGAGCUCAGGACGUCUUCAUGCAAUACAACUGGCCCAACAAAACGGUCAGAGUGUUUACCUUUUCUGUUGGCCAACAUAACUACGAUGUCACACCUUUACAGUGGAUCGCCUGCACCAAUAAAGGUUACUAUUUUGAGAUCCGCUCCAUCUGUGCUAUAAGGAUUAACACCCAGGAGUACCUUGACGUGCUGGGGCGGCCCAUGGUUCUGGCAGGCAGCGAAGCCAAGCAGGUUCAGUGGACCAACGUGUAUCAGGAUGCUCUGGGUCUCGGCAUGGUGGUCACCGGGACUUUACCUGUGUUUAACCUCACCAUGGAUGGAAACUCUCAGAAUCAGCUGAUAUUGGGCGUCAUGGGAGUCGACGUGCACCUCGACGAGAUAAAGAGACUGACUCCACGAUACAACCUGGGAGCCAAUGGAUAUAUAUUCGCCAUCGAUCCAAACGGGUACCUGCUCCUUCACCCUAAUCUCCAGCCUAAGCUGGUGAACCUGCCCGAGCCCGUGACGCUGGACUUCCUGGAUGCAGAGGUGGAGGACAGCAAUAAGGAGGAGAUUCGCCGUCAAAUGAUCGAUGGAAGACCUGGUGAAAUGCAGAUCAAGACUCUCAUCAAGUCAAUUGAUGAGCAAUACAUUGAUGAAGUGUUCAGAGGAUACACCUGGACUCCCAUCAGCGGUACAGAUUACAGUCUCGGUCUGGUGCUGCCUCCAUACAACGAGUACUACAUCCAGGCCGACCUGAGCGACGUGAUGCUGCAGCUCCAGUACAUGCAGUCGCUGCUUCCCAGCUCUUUCGAAUCAUCGGGACACGUGUUUCUGGCUCCAAGGGAGUACUGCAAACGCCUGCAGCUCUCUGACAACAACACUCAGUUCCUGCAGAACUUCCUCUCUCUCAUGCUGGACAUCUCCCCUGAAUCUGAUGAGUGUGACCAAGGCCUCAUCCACAACCUGAUUUUAGACUCGAGGAUAAUUGGGCAGCUCGCCUCUCGUGUCUGGAAGAACAAGGACCUAAACUCGUAUGGCUUCCUGGCUGUAUUCGCAUCCACAGAUGGAGGAAUAACACGAGUUUUCCCAAACAUAGCUGCCGAGAUGUGGGAUGAGGAUCCUGAACCCUUCAAUUCAAAUUUUUACAGACGGAGUCUCGACAACAGAGGCUACAUGUUCAGACCCCCAUCGAGAUCCCCUCCGGACGACACUGCUGGAGCAGAAAACGGCACUGUGGGUAUUCUGGUCAGUUCUGCCGUGGAGGUUAAUUUAGGAGGGAAACUACUCAAACCUGCAGUGGUCGGAGUGAAGUUGGACCUGGAAGCGUGGGUGGACAAGUUUAAAAUCCUGGCCAGCAACGUGUCGGACAGUCGACAAGGGUCACACAAGUGUGGACCUUCCAGAAGCUGUGAGAUGGACUGUGAGGUGAACACAGACGACCUUCUCUGUUAUCUCAUUGAUGAUGGAGGGUUCCUCGUGAUGUCGAAUCAAAGAGAUCACUGGAAGAAGAUCGGCCUUUUCUUUGGCGAUGUGGACCCUUUCCUGAUGCACGCGCUUUACAACAACUCCAUCUUCACUCGGCGGCAGUCCUUCCACUACCAGUCUGCGUGCGAGCCGGUCAGCAGCAGCCACACCGGCGCAGCGCCGAGAGGCAUCUUUGUGCCCUCCAUUGCUGACGUCCUGAACCUGGCCUGGUGGACGUCCACACUGGCAUGGUCGGUGACUCAGCAACUUCUGUACGGAGUGCUUUACAACAGUUGGCUCAACCAAGACGAUAUUCUCGCGGAAGGCUUCGAGAUCAAGGACAGCAGCUGCGUGACCAUCCAAAGCCAGUUCUACUUCACAAACACCACCAACUCCUACAAUGUGCUGCAGGACUGUGGAAACUGCUCACGGCUGUUCCACGCGAAGCGGAUAGAAAACACCAACCUGCUCUUCGUGGUGGCCGAGACGCUGCCCUGCAGCUCCUGUGAGAUCGAGAGGCUGACCCAGGUUAGGACGGAGUUCCAGGAGGAAAAUCCAUGUGAAGUGCUGAGCAAUGCACGCUAUCGUAGAGGCCCGCCGUCCUGCUUUGACUACAGUGCCUUAGAAAACACGUCAGAGUGUGGACGGGGUCAUUCUCUGCAGUCCUCUAUAGGAGUGCUUCUCUUCUUUCAGCUCAUUCUGCCUCUCUUUCAUCUCCAACAUGAGCAAACGCUCUGACAUUUUUCAUCUCUUUGGUUUUAGGCUCGGAUCUACUGAAGGUCAGAUCAAACAGCGGCUGCAAAUUUAGUCUCUUUUGAUGUACAAACGGCUCCCAGUUACUGUUACUCAGAAAGAAAACCCCCGGAUCUGCUCUUAGUGUUUUUUGCCUUAUUGCUGAUGCAUUUGUUGGCAUUUCAGGACUUUAGUGCAAAAUACAAAAAGAGAAUGUGAUGUGUGUGCAUGC